UUUCGUUACGGUCUUAAAGACGUGGUUAAUACAUCCUAAUAUAUAUGCGAGCAAGUCCGCCGCCUACGUACGCUCCUUAUAUCUGUCACUCUCACCAUCCAAGUGACGCCUCUCCCAUAGGGCAUGCGAUUACAUGCUUUGCUACGUCACUAUACGAACCGAAGGUUGUCGCGAAAGGUGAGGUACCGAUGGUGGGGAGGCGUGCGCAACGAGAGAACGGCCGCUCUCGCUGCGUACAUCUUCUCACCUGAGGUGCCCGGCGGGGGAAGGUGGACGCAGUCUACAUUCACGAAAAAAGAUAAGCAUAUAAUGGCUCUGUCUUCCUACUUCGGAUUACUUAUGCUAUGCAAUGUUAGCCCAUUUCUCGUGGCGAUGCGCGGGCUGCAUUCACGAAAAAACAUAAGUAUACCGAUGCCUAUCACUGACACAUGGCGAUUUCCGCCUAUCUCUUCAACGGAAAUGUAAGCCGAUAAUGGCAUGACACUCAGGAUGCAUAGUCUUGAAUGAUAUAAGACGUGAAAAGCGAU